AGAAUGAGUCGGACUUUGCAGCUCGUUCUAUGAAAGCUAGUAUCCGUUUAUUACUAAAGAAAUGGGAGAGUUGUCUUUUUUCCGUUGUUGCUAAACAGUGCGCUUGCUUUUGCAGCGCAAGUAUUUGUGAAUGCUGUUACAGUCAUCAAAUCCAAACGUUAUUGCAAAUGACAAAUACACACUGACAUGAAAAUAAAAGCGCUUCAGAAACAUCGCAGUGUGUUCAUUCAUUUUAUAACAGCCGAGCGGAACGAACAGCGCGGUAAUGAACGACUGUGUGUGUGGGGAGAGGUUAGAAACGCGGUCGAGCUAGCACUAGACCUUGCACGCCUGCGUAAUGCUAAUGUAAAACAAAUCGAAAUGCAAUCUGUCUCAUAUACCGCGUUUAUCCAACUUGACAUGGCAGCGACCUGUCCAGCUACCCCUGCGGUGCGCCAUGCUGCAAGCAGCAGAAGAGAGGUGCCCUGAUCCCUGUCUGUGUGAGCCCGUGCCCCAGCCAGCCCUCGUUGCAGUUGGACCAGCAUGCCGCUUGCUCCCCGUCGCCAUGGCAGCCCGCUCUCGCACCCGGACCCUGCAGGUGGUGGACACGGAGUUCAGCGCGGACGCUGUGGAGUGGUGCCCUGUACCCGGCUGGCACUCCCUCCUCACCUGCGGCACCUACCAGCUCCUGAGACCCGCUGGCAAGGCUGGGGAGGAGUCUGGGGAGGAUUCUGAGCCCCCCCUCCGAGUGGGCCGGCUCUACCUGUACCAAUUGAACCCAGAGGAGGGGUGCGGCGCCCCCGUGACGGAGCUGCAGAGAGCCGACACCCCUGGCAUCCUCGAUAUGAAGUGGUGCCACGUACCGGUGUCGGAGCGCCCUCUCCUGGGCAUUGCGAACUCCAGGGGAGCGCUGGAGCUGCAGCAGCUAACAGGCAGCGAGAAAUCUGGCUGUGCCCUGGAGGCGGUCACCAGUCUGGAUUUGGGUCCUGAUAGGCUGGCUCUGUCUCUGGACUGGUCCACUGGGCGGGUGGAAAGCUCUGGCUCCAGCUCCUCAGUGAAGAUUGUCUGCAGUGACUCGAAAGGCUGUAUCAGCCUGCUGUCUCUCAGUGGCUCAGCCGCCUCGCUUCACCUGCUCUCCCAGUGGAAGGGACAUGAGUUCGAGGCCUGGAUCGCAGCCUUUGACCACUGGAACAGUGACGUGCUGUACUCAGGGGGCGAUGACUGUCGUCUGAAGGGCUGGGAUGUGAGGACGGGCUCCUCGUGCCCAGUCUUCACCAGCAGGAGGCACUCGAUGGGCGUCUGCAGCAUCCAGAGUAACCCUCACAGAGAGCAUGUCCUGGCCACCGGGAGCUAUGAUGAGCAUGUGCUCCUGUGGGAUGCUCGGCACAUGAAGCAGCCGCUGGCCGACACACACGUACAGGGCGGGGUGUGGAGACUCAAGUGGCACCCUUCCCAUGAGCCUCUGCUGCUGGCGGCCUGCAUGCACAACGACUUCCAUAUCCUGGACUGCGGGGCGGCGCUGGACGGCAGCUCUGAAGAGAGUGAUAUCAUCGCCUCGUAUGUCCUUCACAACUCCCUGGCGUACGGCGCCGAUUGGUCGAGGCUGAGCCUGCCUGGCCCCGCCCCUGCGGAGGAGGGAGGGGAGGGGCUGACUGGCUCCACCCCUGCGGAGGGGGAGGGGCCGGCUGGUCCUGCCCCCACGGAGGGUUACCUGCAGAUUCAUUACGAGUCCCCGACGGCCAGCUUCGACACGGCUCUGGAGGACGUGCAGGGGGGCUACCGCCCCGAGCCCCGAGCCCCAGCCCCGGGGUCCCGGAGCAGUCCCUUCACAGAGAGCAGCCUGCUGGCCACGUGCUCCUUCUACGACCACGCGCUGCAUGUGUGGAGGUGGGACUACAGCCCCGCCACGCCCGCGCAGCACUGGGGCUGACCAAGAAACAAAUCUCCAGUUCAGGGUGACUGUGCAGCUGGGAGUGAAAUACUUCAUCUGAACCGAGCCCUGUCUGCAGUUUCAAAGACCUUUUCCAAUUCAUGAGCGGUCGUAACAGAAAAUCAUAUGACUGACUAACACUAAUCAGACUAAUCAAAGCUGUGCGACUGCCACGUUCAAAUUCUCCUAAUAAAAACAAUAUUAAUAAAUGCACUGGUGUUUUAUUUUACAGUGUAGUAAAGCACAGGGCAGAGUUCCAGGACGCUGUCAUUGCGUUCCAAGUGUCUGUAAUGGGGAUGCUGAUGUGAAUGACUGGUCCUUGUGCUCUGCAC